CUGAGUGAGCAUAUGCCAGGGUUGAAUUUAUUUUGACCCUUUCAUUUUAAAUUUGGAACCGAAGUAAGAGUUUAAAGUGCAACAGGAGAAGAGAGUCUGCUGAACUUUAGACAUGAGGGAUCCAGGGAGGAAGAGCCUGGCCCAACUAGAGAAUCUGUGCAAACAGCUGUACGAAACCACAGAUACAACCACUCGACUCCAGGCAGAGAAAGCCUUGGUUGAAUUUACCAACAGCCCUGAUUGCCUGAGCAAGUGCCAGCUACUCCUCGAAAGAGGAAGUUCCUCUUACUCCCAGUUACUGGCAGCUACAUGCCUUACCAAGCUUGUAUCACGCACAAACAACCCCCUACCAUUGGAACAGCGAAUAGAUAUCCGGAAUUAUGUGCUCAAUUACCUUGCCACUCGGCCAAAGUUGGCUACUUUCGUGACACAAGCACUUAUUCAGUUAUAUGCCAGAAUCACAAAACUGGGCUGGUUUGACUGUCAGAAGGAUGACUAUGUCUUCAGAAAUGCAAUCACAGACGUCACAAGGUUUUUACAGGAUAGUGUUGAAUACUGCAUCAUUGGCGUCACAAUUUUAUCUCAGCUAACCAAUGAAAUUAAUCAAGUAAGUGCUACAGCCUUCCUCAUUGAAGCAGACACCACUCAUCCUUUAACCAAGCACAGAAAAAUAGCCUCCUCUUUUCGCGAUUCAUCAUUAUUUGAUAUCUUCACACUUUCCUGCAACUUACUAAAACAGGCUUCAGGAAAGAAUCUAAACUUGAAUGAUGAAAGUCAGCAUGGCUUGCUCAUGCAGUUGCUCAAGCUCACUCAUAACUGCCUCAACUUUGACUUCAUCGGCACUUCAACUGAUGAGUCCUCAGAUGACCUGUGUACAGUGCAGAUUCCCACCAGCUGGAGAUCAGCAUUCUUAGAUUCUUCAACUCUGCAGCUGUUUUUUGACCUGUAUCAUUCCAUCCCUCCUUCAUUUUCACCUCUGGUAUUAUCCUGCUUGGUACAGAUCGCCUCAGUCAGAAGAUCCCUGUUUAACAACGCAGAGAGGGCCAAGUUUCUCUCUCAUCUUGUAGAUGGUGUUAAACGAAUCCUGGAAAAUCCACAGAGUUUGUCAGACCCAAACAAUUACCAUGAGUUUUGCAGACUACUGGCCCGAUUGAAGAGUAACUAUCAAUUGGGAGAAUUGGUAAAGGUGGAAAACUACCCUGAAGUCAUCCGAUUGAUAGCCAACUUCACAGUGACCAGCCUACAGCACUGGGAAUUUGCCCCAAAUAGUGUGCACUAUCUUCUGAGCCUGUGGCAGCGGCUAGCAGCCUCUGUGCCAUAUGUCAAAGCCACAGAGCCUCACAUGCUGGAAACUUACACUCCUGAGGUCACCAAAGCCUACAUCACAUCCCGGUUGGAAUCUGUGCACAUCAUACUGAGAGAUGGCCUGGAAGAUCCCCUGGAGGAUACGGGACUGGUCCAGCAGCAGUUGGACCAACUGUCCACCAUUGGGCGUUGUGAGUACGAGAAGACGUGUGCGCUCCUCGUGCAGUUGUUUGACCAGUCGGCCCAGUCCUACCAGGAGCUGCUACAGAGCGCCAGCGCAAGCCCAAUGGACAUUGCAGUGCAGGAGGGAAGGCUGACAUGGUUGGUUUACAUUAUUGGAGCAGUGAUCGGUGGCCGGGUUUCUUUUGCCAGCACUGAUGAGCAAGACGCCAUGGAUGGUGAGCUUGUCUGUCGGGUGCUCCAGCUGAUGAACCUAACAGAUUCUCGUCUGGCCCAGGCGGGUAACGAGAAGCUAGAGUUGGCCAUGCUGAGCUUUUUUGAACAGUUUCGUAAGAUCUACAUUGGGGACCAAGUGCAGAAAUCCUCUAAGCUCUACCGCCGACUCUCAGAAGUUCUGGGCUUGAAUGAUGAGACCAUGGUCCUAAGUGUCUUCAUAGGAAAAAUCAUUACCAACUUGAAGUACUGGGGCCGUUGUGAACCAAUCACCUCCAAGACACUACAGCUUCUCAAUGACCUCUCCAUUGGGUACAGUAGCGUAAGGAAGCUAGUGAAGCUUAGUGCGGUACAGUUCAUGCUGAACAAUCACACGAGCGAGCACUUUUCAUUUUUGGGUAUUAACAAUCAGUCCAACCUGACAGACAUGCGGUGUCGGACUACCUUCUACACAGCACUUGGGCGUCUCCUCAUGGUGGAUUUAGGAGAGGAUGAAGAUCAGUAUGAGCAGUUCAUGCUGCCACUCACAGCAGCAUUUGAGGCUGUGGCCCAGAUGUUUAGCACCAAUAGUUUCAAUGAGCAGGAGGCAAAGCGAACUCUAGUUGGCCUAGUAAGAGACCUGAGAGGGAUCGCUUUUGCUUUCAAUGCCAAGACCAGCUUCAUGAUGCUCUUUGAAUGGAUAUAUCCAUCCUACAUGCCAAUUCUCCAACGGGCAAUUGAGCUCUGGUACCAUGAUCCAGCCUGUACCACACCUGUACUCAAGCUGAUGGCUGAAUUAGUUCAUAAUAGAUCCCAGCGACUCCAGUUUGAUGUCUCUUCCCCCAAUGGCAUCUUACUCUUCCGAGAAACCAGCAAGAUGAUAACAAUGUAUGGCAAUCGCAUCCUGACACUAGGAGAGGUCCCAAAGGAUCAGGUCUAUGCUCUGAAGCUCAAGGGCAUAUCCAUCUGCUUCUCCAUGCUGAAGGCUGCUCUCAGUGGGAGUUACGUCAAUUUCGGAGUCUUUCGUCUCUAUGGAGAUGAUGCCCUGGACAAUGCUUUGCAGACCUUCAUCAAGCUGCUCCUCUCUAUUCCCCACAGUGAUCUCUUGGAUUACCCCAAGCUCAGCCAGUCUUAUUAUUCACUACUGGAAGUCCUGACCCAGGACCAUAUGAACUUUAUUGCAAGCCUGGAACCUCAUGUCAUCAUGUAUAUUCUCUCUUCCAUUUCUGAAGGACUUACUGCUCUUGACACCAUGGUAUGCACAGGCUGCUGCUCCUGCCUGGACCACAUAGUGACAUACCUCUUCAAGCAGCUGUCACGUAGCACCAAGAAGAGGACCACACCCCUGAACCAGGAGAGCGACCGCUUUCUGCACAUCAUGCAGCAGCAUCCAGAGAUGAUCCAGCAGAUGCUGUCCACGGUGCUGAACAUCAUCAUCUUUGAAGACUGUAGGAACCAGUGGUCUAUGUCCCGACCCCUACUUGGCUUGAUAUUACUUAAUGAAAAGUAUUUUUCUGACCUAAGGAACAGUAUCGUGAACAGCCAGCCACCAGAGAAGCAGCAGGCCAUGCAUCUGUGUUUUGAGAACUUGAUGGAAGGCAUCGAACGAAAUCUUCUUACAAAAAACAGAGACAGGUUCACCCAGAACCUGUCAGCAUUCCGUCGAGAAGUCAACGACUCGAUGAAGAAUUCCACUUAUGGCGUGAAUAGCAAUGACAUGAUGAGCUGACACCUCCUUGGACUCUACCUGUACAGAGCAGCGUCCCUUUGGUUUGGCCCAGAGGGGCGAACAAUUGCAAGGGAGAGGGCCUGGCUGAUCCUGGCUCCUUCCUCCAGGGGUGUGGGGAAAAUGGCAAAGGUCAACUAGCUACUUCCCCAGGGAAUAGGGGUGUGAGUGCACUCAUGGGGGGGGCAGGGCGCUGCUGGUUCCUGGGGGACUGGGUGGGAAGGGUGGUGGGAGGAGAUAAGAAACACAAACUGAGACUCCAGCCCCUCCUCCUGGGGCCACCCAAGUGGGGAGAACCCCUAGUGUCCUGCCACAAC